UGCCCAGACCUGAACUGCUCUUCUAUCGCCGGUAAGGCUGCCUGUACUACACAUUACCGGACUCUCACAUUUCGGGCGCAAAUCACACGAAUGAAGUUAUGGGAUUUACCACCUCUCCGCUGCUGUGUACCUACGAAAGGGCUCAUCAUUACCACCACUAUAAUGAGCUGCUUCAGCCGGGCCUGGGCAGUCUAUAAAAAUGAGUUUCAAGUCCAUGCCUUUUUCCUGCCUGCCCAAUGGCCCUAUUCCACCUUGCUCCUCUCUGCUGUUAUUCAUCCCCAAACCCUAAUAUUCCGAGCAAAAUGUGCACCACCGGGCCCGGAACAAUGGCAGUCCAUCCUGGAGAAGAGCCUUCUCUCGUCUGCUCAAGACAUGGAAGCUACUCCAUUGAGGAAAACAUCAAUACUGAAGUUGAGCAAAAGUCAGCCAAAACAACAACACCUCCAUCGAUAGCGCCCAACUCACCUCCACCUCGCCCACCUAAAGUGCUUGCCGGGGAACCUGAUGUGAGAUCAGUAGAUCGGUCUGAUAUGCUAGUUGUCUCAGCAGACCAACUACGAGAGAUUAUGAGGCAGGAAAUCGCGAAUGUGCUCCAACAUCCUAUCCCGCAAGACGGAUAUGGAAGCAAUACAGACGCAGCAGCCUCUCCUCCAUUACCUUUGGCCAGUACCCCAAGUGUGGCGGGAACAUUCCCCAAAACGUAUGAUCAAUUUGACAGCCGGACAUUGAGUGGCAUUAGCAAUGGGCAAGGGCCAGCUCAGGCAGCUACCUCUUUGCAGCCAAGUUUGAGUGAUGAGAAAUGGGGCGUUCUCUUUGACGGGACAGGGAGCCCUACAAAAAGGGCAAAUGAGCUGCUCAAAAGCAUUGCAGAUCAUAUUGUACUCGAAUAUGAACCACAGCAGAGUAUCGUCAUUACACCUGAAAAGAUGUCCCGAUUUUAUGACCGGCACCGCCUUCCACAAGAGAUUUAUCCCUUCACGAAAAUCUUCGAUACAAGUAUCACGACGAGCUUUGUUCACGAUAGAAUUGCGGAUCUUUACGACGAUCUCGGUUGCCAAUAUCACCUCACUCAAAAGGACGCCAGGUCACGACCAUCUGUCCCAGCGCUUACGCCAAAGGGCUUUGCACGGUGGCUCCUCGUCAACAUGCAGGCAUACCCUAACGAGGAAUUCCAGAGACUUUCUGAUGUGGUCUUGGCCACUCCAAUCAACAUCACCAACACGCACGACGGAAAGCUGGAGAGAAUGCCGCGCAAGAUAUCUAGGCAUACUCUGCCGAGAAAACCAGAUACAAAUGCACGGAAACUUCUUGAUGAGGCGUUAGAUGACUUUAUCGAGGAGACAGUACCGGUUUCGCCAUCAAAGCCAGCACACUUAGGACUGUCACCCACCGCACCAUCGUUCACGGGUAGAGGUCUACAUAACCCUGAACCUUCGUCAAACAGUACCGUACUGAGAUAUACACCCAAGUCUUUGAACCCAGGCCAGGAGAUAGUAGGGUCGCUUGCUUCCAGUCCAACAGAGUAUUCUUCCUCUUCGUAUUGGACACGCCAGGCUCACGGAGGUGAGCAGCGUGGUACCGGUCAUCACUCAUUGCCUGUAGGGGCUGGUUCUCAAGCGCAACUUCCUCCACCGCCAGUGGGAAACACGAUACAUCGAAGCUCAGAUUCCCGAAGAUAUAGCCAUUCAGCUGUUGCCGUAACUCAAGGGAAACCUCUCGUGGGAGGGUCAAGCCAGGCACCACAUCUGAGAGAUACAAGCAGCUUCCUGUCCAUCCCCGGUACUUAUAGUCCAUCUUCAGUUGAAUCUGCGCUACCAACCUUGUCAGCAGCGCAGCUUGCGACUAUUAGGGACCGAUCUCCUCGGCGUGAACGUGAAAAACAGUACUACGGUGCUUCAAAGCAGAUGACAAAUUCGCUCGCACUUAUAGAAAGUAAAUCUGGCGACGCAACCCCCAGACGGUCUGGCUCAUACCGCAGAGCGGAACCGAGACAGGAGCGAGAUUGGGACCGGCGUCAAGGAGAAGCCCCGGAGAGUCCAUCUUCUCUUCAGAGGCGUCCCAUGGAAGCACCAGGCAUUGACGACACAAGAGGUGGACCGACGUGGGAUGAGUAUCUCCUGCAAAGGGAUACCUGACUUUUGCAGUAUAGGUAUAGUUUUUGAUUCUUUCUUCUUUGUAGUUGGGAUAUGUAUGCAUUUCUACUUGCACAUGUAGUGUUUGAUUUGGACAUUUGGACAAGGAGCCAGUUUUACGUGUGAGGUCUAUUUCAUAUUGCAGCUGUUACAG